AUGAAGAAGUCCACGUUGCUGUCGCUGGACGCUUUCGCCAAGACGGAAGAGGACGUACGAGUGCGCACCAAGGCUGGUGGGCUGAUCACUCUAUCGUGUAUUCUGACCACGCUGUUUCUGCUGGUGAACGAGUGGAGGCAGUUCAAUUCUGUGGUGACAAGGCCACAACUGGUGGUGGACCGUGACCGCCACGCCAAGCUGGAGCUGAACAUUGACGUGACUUUCCCCUCGAUGCCGUGCGACCUAGUGAACCUCGACAUUAUGGACGACUCCGGGGAGAUGCAACUGGAUAUCCUUGACGCUGGGUUCACGAUGACCAGGCUGGAUAAAGAGGGACGCCCCGUGGGAGAUGCUGCUGAGUUACAAGUGGGGGGGGACGGUGACGGUGUUGCGCCAGUGAAUGACGACCCCAACUACUGUGGGCCUUGUUACGGUGCCAGAGAUCAGACACAGAACGAGAAUCUGGCACAGGCAGACAAAGUUUGCUGUCAAGACUGUGAUGCAGUGAGAUCCGCGUACUUGGACGCAGGCUGGGCAUUCUUUGACGGGAAGAACAUCGAGCAAUGUGAAAGGGAGGGCUACGUGAGCAAGAUCAACGAGCACUUGCACGAAGGUUGCCGGAUCGAAGGGUCUGCUCAGAUCAACAGGAUUCAGGGGAACAUUCACUUCGCUCCCGGAAGACCUUUCCAGAACGCUAAUGGUCACUUCCAUGACGUUUCUCUGUACGAAAAGACGCCAGAUCUGAACUUCAACCACAUGAUCAACCACCUAAGUUUCGGGAAGCCAAUCGAGUCGCGCAAUAAGCUGCUGGAGAACGAUGACCGCCACGGCGGUGCCGUGAUUGCCACUUCUCCCUUGGAUGGGCGCAAGGUGUUCCCGGAGAGGACCACGCAUUCCCACCUGUUCUCCUACUUUGCCAAGAUUGUCCCCACCAGAUACGAGUAUUUGGACGACGUGGUCAUCGAGACAGCACAAUUCAGUGCCACCUAUCACUCUCGGCCUCUCAGGGGUGGGAGAGACCAGGACCAUCCAAACACGUUCCAUGCCAGGGGCGGUAUUCCGGGCCUGUUCGUGUUCUUCGAGAUGUCGCCGCUGAAAGUCAUCAAUAAGGAACAGCACGGCCAAACCUGGUCCGGCUUCAUCCUGAACUGUAUCACCAGCAUCGGUGGUGUCCUAGCUGUGGGCACCGUCAUGGACAAGCUGUUCUACAAGGCGCAAAGAUCCAUCUGGGGUAAGAAGAGCCAAUAG